CUUAUCGCUUGAUUAUUUCCACGAUCAGAAACAGAAUCGACUCAAGACCAGCAAACAUACUGGAUUCGCAACAAUGGGUAGAAUAAAGAAGAAGGGCGAGGCUGGAAAUGCCAAAAACUACAUUACUCGAACACACGCUGUGAAGAAACUUCAGAUCAGUCUUCCGGAUUUUCGAAAGCUAUGUAUUUGGAAAGGUAUCUUUCCGAGAGAGCCUAGAAAUAAGAAGAAGGUCUCCAAAAGCUCCACGGCCUCGACUACCUUUUACUACGCCAAGGACAUCCAGUAUCUCUUACACGAACCUCUAUUACAAAAGUUCAGAGAGCAAAAGGUCCUUGAAAAGAAGAUAUCUAGGGCCCUUGGUCGCGGAGAUGUUGGUGACGCAAGCCGCCUCGAGCGCAAUGCCGCGAGACCUGAGAAGACGGGCAAACCGCGAUACACUCUUGAUCAUGUCAUCCGAGAACGCUAUCCUACCUUCGUCGAUGCCUUGCGCGAUCUUGACGACUGUCUCUCCAUGCUUUUCCUCUUUGCCAACCUCCCAUCUACAUCAUCAGUCCCCGCCAAGAUGAUUGCACGUUGCGAACGGUUGUGUCUCGAAUUUCAACAUUACCUCAUCGUGUCGCAGAACUUGCGCAAAUCUUUCCUAUCUAUCAAGGGUAUCUACUACCAGGCGAAUAUCCAAGGCGAGGAUAUAUUAUGGCUUGCCCCUUACAAGUUCAACCAGAGAGUCAUAGGGGACGUUGAUUUCAGGAUCAUGGGCACAUUCGUUGAGUUCUAUAUGACCCUUUUGGGGUUCAUUAACUUCCGAUUGUACACUUCCAUCGGUCUCAAGUACCCUCCCAAGUUUGACCAGGCCAAAGACGAUGAAGGCGGUGAACUCGGUGCUUUCAAAAUUGAGGGCAACCUUGUGACUGCCCCUGCAAACGAAGCACCGGCACAAAUAACGAGCCAGGAAGCGGAAGCUGGACCUGACCCAGAGACACAGGCUGAAGUGAACAAGCUUAUUCGGCAAAUGAGAGAGGCAGAUGUUGAUGCUGAUCAAGUUGACACCGAGGCUGACAAGGACGAGGCAACCGACGCGAUUGACAAGUUCGAGCCCGCUGCGCCGGGCGGUGAUGUGCUUCCCCAACCUAGUUACUCAGGCGCUGAACCCGAGUUACUAUUUGAGAACUGCACAUUCUACCUAUCCCGAGAAACACCGAGACAGCCGUUAGAGUUCAUUCUUCGCGCGUUCGGCUGCAAGCGAAUCGGCUGGGAUGCGGUAUUGGGUGAGGGGUCAUACACAACGAACGAGCGCGAUCCUUCCAUCACGCAUCAAAUAGUCGAUCGCCCAGUAAUCCAGGCGACUAACCAGGAUGAUGCGGAUGUUGAGGACAAUCAGACAUCUCAGAAACUUGCAGCAAACCAGAGGAUGCCUGGGCGAGUCUACAUUCAGCCACAAUGGGUCUGGGAUAGCAUAAAUGAUGGUGAAAUGAAACGACCGGAUCUUUAUGCUCCCGGAGCUCAAUUGCCGCCGCAUCUAAGUCCAUUUGUACAGAACACCCAAGGGGCGUACGACCCGACAAUACCACUGGAUGAGCAACAAACCGAGGGCGAAGCCCUCGGAGAUAGCGAUGAUGAGGUGGCUGAGGAUGAGGUGGAGGGUGACGAAGAUGAGGAUGACCUUGCUGUGAAGAAGAUGGCCGACAGCAUGGAUGUCGCGCAGUCUGAUGAUGAUGACGGUGACAAUGAUUCAUUUGGCGGCUUCUCGGAGAAUGAGAAGGCUGAAAAUGAGGAAGAAUCUGAGGACGAUGAGCAGGCGGCCGAGCAACAGUAUCAACGGGAAUUGGAAGCUGAAUUGACGGGCAAGCCGAUCAAACAGGCUCCUUCAAAUGCGCAAUCUAAAGCUAAGGCUGAGGCAAGGAAGAAGCUAGCUAAGCAAGCCAAAGAUGAAGCAGAAGAAAUGGAGAGAGCUAAGGGUAUGCUUAGCAAGAAGAAGAGGAAGCUGUUUGAGCAGAUGCAGUAUACCAACAACAAGAAGAGUGCAGAAGAUCUGAAGCUUAGAGAAAAGAGGAGGAAACUUGAGAAGGAGAAGGCUAAGACGAAGGCGUAAAAGGUUAGAUAAAUGUUGAAUUAAUACCAGAGAGUGCUUUUUGCGAGAUA